AUGCCGAGGGUCCUGCGGGAUGUCGGGGCCGCCCUUGGCUGCCUCCAGCUCUUGCUGCUUCUCACCGGCGUGGAGCUGAGGCCCCACGCGUGGGACGAGGACAAGCUCCAGCUGGAAGCCAUCAAAAAGGGGAUCCUGGAGCGGUUGGGGAUGCCCACUCCCCCCGUGGUCCGGCACCGGCUGGACCAGGAGAGCAUCCGGAGAGCGCAGCGGUUGUACCAGCAGAAAGUGGCCGAGCUGAUGGGAAACCGGAGUCGGGAGGAGGAGGGAGCCGUGCCCAGGACCAGGCGCCUGCAUCGCCUGACCCCCACGCUGCUGCGUCAGCCGGCCAUCCCCCGGGGACAUCAGGACCCCCGGGGACACCCGGACCCCCGCGGUCCCUACCGCUACCAUCUCCUCCUCUCCCGCACCGAGGCUUUCCACCGACAGCUCCGGGUGGUGCAGGCGGAGCUGAAGCUCUUCAAGGAGUCGCCGGCAUCCCCCGGCGUGUCCCUGCCCGACACCUCCGUGCCCCCCCGGGUCAGCAUCUAUAUACUGGGGGGGGCUCACGGGACCCCCCAGCUCCUGCGUAGCCAAGAGCUGGACCGUGAUGCCCGGAGCCUGGACCUCACGGCGGCCGUCCAGCCCUGGGCUGCCGGUCCCGAGGACGCGUUGCGCCUGGAGUUGGCUUUCACGGCCGACGUCUCAGCCUUGCUGGCCACCUCGGGGGGUGAGACGCCGGUGCUGGAGGUGGAAACCCAUGAGACCACGGGUCGGGGGGCCAGGAGAGCCCGGGGGCUGGAGGAGGAGUGUGGGAAGAGCGACGGAAAGUGUUGCCUCAAGUCGCUCAAGGUCUCCUUCCAGGACAUCGGCUGGGCGGACUGGGUCAUUGCCCCCAACAGCUACUACAUGAGGUUCUGCGAAGGUUCCUGUCCCCACAACUACAAGCCGGCCAGCAUGCACGCCCAGAUCAAAGCCCGCAUGCACUCCCUCUCCAAAGCCACCCCACCGCCCUGCUGCGUCCCCGCCGGCUACGACCCCAUGGUGCUGAUGCACUACGAUGGCGAGGGCAGGCUGGUCUCCACUCUCUUCGAGGACAUGCUGGUCACCAGGUGCCACUGUGCCUGACGGCAUCGCCUCCGGCUCGGACCGGGACCCGUCACCGCUCGGAUGGGGCAGAGCCUCCCCGUCUCCCGGCAGCUCCGGCAUCCCAAAAACCGGACCCCGUGGCACAAAAUGCCUCCGCGCCAGCCUCGGCUCCGCCAUCUGGCUCAGCCCCCAGUUGUGAACUCCCCUCCACAGGCCACAAUAACUUAUUCCCCCCUCUCUUCCCUUAUUUAAAACCAUAUUUUAUUUGGUAGGUGGAUCCUGCCCACCCGAGAGAGCCCAAACAGUCCGGGGUGGGUCUGUCCCCGCGUGGCCGCAGCCCGCCCCAUGUCUGAGCAUCAUCUCUUCUCUGCUUAGAGACUUAUUUAUACAACCCUCUUAUUUAUUGCUAACUUAUUGUAUUUUAUAGCAAAAUACCUUUUUGGGAAAUGUUUUUUUGU